UAAGUUCCAAUCCACCUCCAAAAGAAAAAGUCAAAUUAGUUUUUUUACCAAAGAUUAGUUUGAUAGAUAUUCACUUAAAUUUAAAAAAAAAAUAUAAAAAAAUAUUAAAAAGUUAUUAUAAAAAAAGAAGACAUAACAAAAAAAGCUAAAUAUUAUAUAUUCAAGUAAGAAACAAUAAUAGCUACAGAUAAGAAAAGUCAUAAUAAUAAUAGUUAUCGACUUUAUAUAAUAAAAUUAGAAAAAAAGAAAUUACCAAAAACACUAACCAAAACAAAAUUAUUCAAGGUAUGGUUGCUCCUGCUUAUCAUGAAAAUUCCUUUGUUGAUCAUGAAUUAUCGGCUAAUUUAGAUUCAACUUUUGCAUUUGAAGGACCUGAGAAAUUAUUAGAAAUCUGGUUUUGGCCAUCAGAAAAUGAUAUACCAAACUUUGUUAAUAAUGAAGGGUUAAGAUGUAUCCCAUUAGAAAAAUGGAGUGAAAUUUUAGAUUUAGUCAGUUGUAAGAUUUUAUCUAUGAAAUCAUCUUCAUUUAUGGAUGCUUAUCUUUUAAGUGAAAGUUCAUUAUUUGUUUUCCCUCAUAAAUUGAUUUUAAAAACUUGUGGUACUACAACAACUUUAGCUUGUCUUGAUAAAUUAUUUGAAACGAUCAAUGUUCAAUUAGGAUUCAAUUCAAAGUUUAAAGGUAGUAAUAUUUAUAAGAUUUUUUAUUCCAGAAGAUCAUUUAUGUUUCCUGAAAAGCAAAUUCAUGUUCAUAAAGAUUGGAAACAUGAAAUUCAAUUAUUAAAUGAUCAUUUUCAAAAUGGUAAAAGUUAUAUUGUUGGAGAUUUCACUAGUGAUGAUCAUUGGUAUUUAUAUGUAGGUGGUCAAGAUGAAACUUGUAAACCAACUACUACUACUACCACUACAACUGAUAAUCAUAAACAUGAUCAAACAUUUGAAAUCUUAAUGACUGAAUUAAAUCCUGAAUGUGCAAAGAAAUUCAUUACUUCAAGAAAACCCGGUGUUGCUUCUUUAAUUAAAAGUGGCAUUGAAGAACAUGAUUUAGGUCAUGAUAUUGGACUUGAAACAAUGGAAGAAACUGGAUUAGAUAAAGUAUUUGAAUUAUUUCAUGGAGGAUUACCAUCACCAUCAAAUUCUGAUAAUAUGGUAUUUGAUGAAGAUGAUGAUGAAAGUGAUGAUAGUCCAAUACCUGAACCUAUCAAAAGACAAACCAAGGAUAAAUUUGAAUUUAUUCAUGAUGCAUUUUCUUUUACUCCAUGUGGAUAUUCAUCUAAUUCAGUUACAUCUAAUGAAGGAGGAUAUUAUUAUACUUUACAUAUUACUCCUGAAUCAGGUUGGUCAUAUGCAUCUUUUGAAACCAAUUAUCCAUUUGGAAAUGAUAAAAAUGGAGUUGAUAUCAUUGAUGUAUUAUUAAGAAUUUUACAAAUUUUUGAACCUAAGAAAUUCUCCAUGACAUUAAUUACUGAAGAUGUAGGAGAUAAUCAAAUUAGUUUUUCAAAAUUAAAGAAUUCAAAUUCAAUCUUACAAGAUCAUGGAUAUCUUAAACAAGAAAGGGUCAUGUAUGAUUUGAAAAAUGAGUAUAAGUUAUUAUACUUAAAUUUUGCCAAACUGAAGAAUUGAUUUCAUAUCAAUCAUUGUGUUUUUUUGGAAAAGUCAAACUGGUUUUUUUAUAUUAUAUCAGAAUCAUUAUUGCUAUAAUUACAAAAUAGGUUUUCAUUCAACUAUCAAGAUGAUGAUUGUUUUAGAGGGGCUUUUUAUAUUUGAGAUUAAUUGUGAAUUAGUUGGUUUAAAAGGAAAUUUUCAAUAAUUUUUCUUUUUUUUUCUCUAUGGGUGGUCACCGUUAAACUCAUUAAAAGGCUUUUAUAAUAACUAUCAUUAAGAUCUGUUGAUGAUCUAUUAUAGUAUUUUAUUUUACUUUGCUUAAAAUUUUUUGUUAUUAAUUUU